AUGGCGACAGCAGCGCUCCAACGGUUCUCGGCAUUCUACAACCGCAAGUUUGACUCGCACCCGACCACGACCCUGGUGACAGCCAACGGUGCGCUGAGCACAAUUGCCGAUAUGUUGGCCCAGACAUCUGGUAUUGCUCUCGCAAAGGACAACCCGCCAGAGUAUGACUGGGCGCGUACAGGUCGCUUCCUCGUCUUUGGUCUCGGCAUGGGACCCAUUGUUGCUCCGCCACCACCUUCCCCGGCUUCCCUCCCUUUUGUCCUUCUCUCGGCCCCUGCCUUCCUUCUAUUAUCUCCCAUUUACAUCCUCCUAUACCCCCUCUUGUGGUCACUGACAUCCACAGGCGGGUGGCUCCGCCUGCUAGAGCGCGGCAUCCCCAUGCCCGCCGGAGGAAGCCUAGUCGUGACUGCGAAGCGUGUGCUCGCCGACCAGGUCGUCAUGGCACCCAUUGGACUCGCAAUGUUUACCGGCUCGAUGGGGCUGAUGGAGGGCAAGACCGUGCCCGAGCUGCAACAAAAGUUCAAGGACGUAUACUGGACCGCACUCAAGGCCAACUGGAAAGUGUGGCCGUUCAUCCAGGGCGUCAACAUGGGCGUCGUCCCGCUCGCGUACCGUCUGCCGUUCCAGCAGACGUGCGGUAUCGGAUGGAACAUGUACCUCUCCUUCCUGAACGCGCGCGAGAACAAGAAGGAGGAGGCCAUGGCUGCUGCCGAGCUCAAGGCCAGGCAGUAG